AUGGGACCAACGACGGCGGUAUCCAGCCCGACGCCAUCCUGGGUGAGCUAUGAGGAGACUCGUAAGCAGCUCACCUCGAGACCUCGCGGCAGAAUUGUUUACAACGAGGGCCGCGCGACAUUUAUGGAAAACCCAUUUAGAGGAGACAUUAUCGACCAUCUGCAAUCCGUAACAUUGAAUGCUGAUGGCAACGACACUGAGCAAUCGACUAAUCAGUCCACAUCUACCAGCGUCUCUGAUCAUGCUGAGACGGUUCAAGUGGAGUCCAUGGAUUUUGAUACCUUCACAUUGGGUCCCGUUGAGAUGCUCAGACUAUGGCAGGUUUUCUUGGAACGGGUGAAUCCCAUGACCAAGGUUGUACACGUUCCAAGUCUAGAGCCGCUGGUCUUCGAAGCCGUAACAGGCGGCAUAAACCUUAGCACCGACUUUAAAGCUCUUAUAUGUUGCAUCAAUGUCGUUGCGAUUAUGGCUUUGUCAGAGGCUGAGGCUAUCCAGAUGCUCGGCGCUGAAAAGAGCAGCGUGUUACGUCGUUCAACACUGACAAUGAAGAAGGCACUGGCUGAAACUGACUUUCUGAGAAAAUAUAACAUGAGGAUUCUACAGUGUCUUGUCCUGUACUUGGUUUCUGUUCAAGGACAACUCGACCGGCAUGCAGCAUGGGUUCUAACCGGAGCACUUGUCAGAAUAGCGCAAAGAAUGGGCCUUCACCGCGAUGGAGAGCUUCUAGGCUUAUCACCUUUCGAGACAGAAAUCAGACGGCGAAUAUGGUGGCAGAUCAUUUUACUGGAGUCGAAGUAUGCCGUUCUGGCGGGCUUCUGCGAUGCUAUCUUACCGCCUAACUGGAAUACCAAGCUGCCUUCUAACGUCAACGACGCCGAUCUCGUGCCAGGGUCCCUGGAACCCGUGAAGUCGCGCGAAGGGGCUACUGAGAUGGCCUUCUGUCUGAUGACUUACGAAUCUCGCUUGUUUUUCUACAAUAACCUGGUUCCCGAGUUUGAGGCAGCUAUAAUCGGCGGAGGCAACGUGAACACUGAGAAUUACAAACGAUUGGCCACACAAUCACUCGGCAAAUACCAAGAAAUCGUCGAGAAAUACGAAAAGGAACUGGCCACUGCUGAAAGAAAAUACACUGAUGCCAGCGCUGGCGGUAUUCAUCUGAUGGCGAGCAAGGUCCGCUCGCUCGUGGUACAGAGGUUACGCGACAUGAUACUCCACGCGCGAGAACCUUGGAACGAGGAAUUCGACGGGGAAGGUGGCCAUCGGUCAUUUUUCAGGGCCUGGGUCAUUUCUUUUGAAAACCACAUCAACUGGUAUGACGCGGCAGAUGACAAGUUCGCAUGGUACCACAAACUUCAUUUCGAGACAGAUGCCUUCUCUGCCAUGAUUGAGCUGCUCCAGUGGCAGCCGGUCGGGACAUUGGUGGAGAGAGCAUGGACUGUCAUCGACCGACUCUAUCAUUGCCACCAAGAUAUGUAUGACAUGAGCAAGAAGGAUAACCUCCAGCGGGCCGAAAAUCUUCUCGCCGGCUGGAGCAGACGGGAACUGGCGUUUCGUAGACUGGGAUUCUCGUGUAGUACUCCUUUUGUUGUGGCGAAGCUACGGACUUUUGAGGUGUUCAGACAGCAGCAGUCCAGCCUUCCAUUUGAGGAGUGGCCUGUACCGACGUCGGACAAGACAAUUUCCACCUAA